AUGAAGCUCUACACAGGUCACGUGAAGGAGCCCUUCUUGUGGGUCACCGGCUUCCGCCCUCGCGUCCACGUUGUUUUCGUCUUCAUCCCCCUCCUCUUCCUCCUCGUCUUCCUCAUCACCUGCCGGGGGGUAACCGGCCAGGGGAGAUUUCCCCACAGCCUCCCGCGCUGUGCGGCGCGUUUCGGUGAGGCAGGACAGCGUGCAAACGGGAACUUCCGCUGUGACUGUGGAAAUAGCAAGUUCAAAAAUCUGCAGUGCAAGUUACUCCCAGAAAAGAGCAAGGUGAAUUCAGGAAAUAAGUAUAAUGACAAUUUCUAUGGAUUAUACUGCACUUGUAAAAGACCUUAUCCUGAUCCUGAAGAUGAGAUUCCAGAUGAGAUGAUCCAAUGCAUAGUUUGUGAAGACUGGUUCCAUGGAAGGCAUCUUGGUGCUGUUCCCCCUGAAAGCGGAGACUUCCAUGAAAUGGUGUGCCAAGCCUGCAUGAAUCACUGCCACUUCCUGUGGGCCUAUGCGUCGCAAUUUGCAGUUCCUCCUUUGACCAAAGUGAACUCCCUUGAAGAUGAAGGGAUUGUCCUGAAGGUUGAGGAAAGUGAAGAGCAGAAAAAAGAAAUAAAAAAAGAAGGUGGAGUGGAACACGAAGAACAGAAGGAGGAAAAGCAAAUGGAACUGUUUAAUGAACCGUCCACUAGCUCGGGGUCUGCCUGUCCAGAGGUAGUUCCGAAGAGUGAGGGGCCAGUCUGCAAGCUGAAAGAACUUCAAAGCAAGCAAUUUUUAAAAAAAGAUACUGCCACCUUUUGGCCAUCAAACUGGAGAAGCAAGUUAUGCACCUGCGCAGACUGUUUGAAAAUGUAUUCAGAGCUUGAAGUCCAGUUCCUGACAGAUGAAUGUGACACUGUCUUGGCUUAUGAAAAUAAAGGUACAAGUGACCAAGAAACAGAGAGGAGAGAUCCUUUAAUGGACACCCUUAACAGCAUGAACAGAGUCCAGCAAGUAGAACUCAUCUGUGAAUACAACGAUUUGAAGACGGAACUGACCGACUAUCUCAGGAGAUUUGCAGACGAGGGAACGGUGGUUAAAAGAGAAGACAUUCAGCACUUCUUUGAAGAAUUUCAGUCACGGAAAAGGCAACGGACGAACAGGAUGCAGUACUACUGCAGUUAGACUGAGAGGGUGUUGGUCAGAAGGGAGAGCUGGGAAAACUACUCACUGGCAAACGGAAGAGACAUCUUCAGUAUUUGGCUUCUCAUCAAAAAU